UAUACAUAUCCCACAAUGAGCGAGCUAACCGAGGAGCAGGUGGCCGAGUUCAAGGAUGCCUUCACCCAGUUCGACAAGGAUGGCACCGGCAAAGUCGCCACCCGCGAGCUGGGCGCCCUGAUGCGUACUUUGGGCCAGAAUCUGUCGGAGCCGGAGCUCCAGGACUUGAUCAGCGAGUCGGAAGCCAACACAAGUGGAGAGUUUGACUUCAAUGAAUUCUGCUCGAUUAUGACCAAGCAGAUGCGGGAAACCGACACCGAGGAGGAGAUGCGCGAGGCUUUUAAGAUCUUUGAUCGUGAUUGCGAUGGCUUUAUAUCGCCGGCCGAGCUACGUUUCAUAAUGAUCAACCUGGGCGAGAAGGUGACCGACGAGGAGAUCGAUGAAAUGAUCCGAGAGGCUGACUUUGAUGGCGACGGGAUGAUCAACUAUGAGGAGUUUGUUUGGAUGAUAAGCCAAAAAUGAAGUUUUGAUUGUAACACCAAAUAAAACAUUUUACUUAAGA